CCGGGCUCGAGGGUCGGUGUCCUGGAGGUUCGGGCUCGCGCUGACCUCUCCCCACCCUCAGCCUCCGCCCCCCACCACCACCCCGCCCGCUUCUCCUUUCCCGCCAGGGCAACCGGCAGCGGAGGAGGAGGAAGAAGCGUGGCGGCGUUGUUGCCCGAAGCCGCUGCUUUCUUUCGGGGGCCGGGAGCGGGCGCGUUGAGCGGGAGCAGCAGCGCCACCAGGGUUAAACUCAAAGUGUGCUGAGACAUGAUCAUCUAAAAUGCUUGUUAGGUUGAGAUUAAUGAAUGCCAUUUUAAACAACAUAUAAUGAAGAGCCUCUGAAAGUUCAUCUUGGUUUAUUGUUAUCUAGGAAGGGCAACAGGACCUCAUCCAGAAUCUAAUCCAGAUUGGCACCAUGUUGUAUGAUUUUGUGGAUAACAUGAUCGUCAUUCAACUUAAGAUAAUUAUGGAGUUAUGACUAACAGAUUUGUCACAGCUGAAGUUUUCAGAGUAUUGGACUCCCACUGUCUGCUAAAGCAGACCAGCAACCUGAAUGCUGCUAUGGCUCAAUUUUUCCAGGUCAGCUUAAAUUGUCAUGCAGCUUCUGAUACAGGAUCUCCAGGUUUGUCUUAAUACCUGAUUAGCUUCCACUGCAACAAAUUACAUAGUCAUGGUUUGGGGUGAUAUGCCUAAAUUAAAAGAUAACCACACUUCAUCGUGUUCUUCAACCAUGGAAGACCUGGAUGUGGAUCUUGACUCUGGACUAGAGGAAGAUGACAUUAAACAUGAGAGCCCUUGUGAAGAUUCCACAAUCUUUGUAGCUUUUAAAGGCAAUCUUGAUGAUGAUGACUUUAAACAGAAAUUGGAUAUCAUUUUGAACAAUGUUCCUGGCCUUUUACACCUGGAAUCUGAAAAGUUAAAACUGAAGAAGGUGGAACCCUGGAACAGUGUACGUGUUACUUUCAAUAUUCCUCGUGAAGCAGCUGAGCGACUACGAUUGCUGGCUCAGAACAACAACCAACAACUUAGAGACUUGGGAAUUCUCUCAGUUCAAAUUGAAGGUGAAGGUGCCAUCAAUUUGUCAUUGGCUCAAAACCGAGGCCAAGAUGUGAGGAUUAAUGGCCCUAUUGGACAAAACAACUCAGUACGAAUGGAGACAGGCUUUCCCAUACCAGGAAACCAAGGGUUAAUAAGAAUAAACAAUCCUGCAACUGUGAUGAUGCAGCAAAGUGGGAAUGUAUCAUCUAUGAUGACAAGUGCAGCUAACACAGAGUUGCAACCUAGAACACCUCGUCCAACAUCUCAGUCAGAUUCAGUGGAUCCACUUUUGUCAGGGCUUGCUAUUCAACAGCAAAAUCAUCCAUCUGGAUCUGUUGUGCCUCAGCUCCAUUCAGUACAGCCAGUUUCUGUUAAUAGGCAAAUAAACCCAGCCAACUUCCAACAGAUGCAGCCACAGCAACAAUUGCAGCCACGUCCUCCUCAACAGCACCAGCAACCACAACAGGGUAUUCGUCCUUCAUUCACAACCCCAACUCAGGUUCCAGUUUCUUCUGGUUGGAACCAGGUGCCUUCUGGAAUAGUUCAGCCUCCUCCAUCGCAAGGCACAAUGGGCACAUUGACAGUUAACCAGGGCUGGAAAAAGGGCCCUUUGCCUGGACAAAUGCAGCAGCAACUCCAAGUCAGACCAUCUUUGGCAACGGUACAAACACCCUCCCAUCCUCCACCCCCAUACCCCUUUGGAAGCCAACAAGCUUCUCAGGCACACACAAACUUUCCUCAGAUGAACAACUCUGGCCAAUUUACUGCUCCUCAGAUGAAGAAUCUUCAGGGAGGGCCUUCACGGGUCCCUACACCACUACAACAACAACCCCACCUGACCAACAAAUCUCCUGCCUCCUCUCCCUCCUCUUUUCAGCAAGGAUCUCCUGCAUCUUCCCCAACAGUUAACCAAGCACAGCAGCAGAUGGGACCAAGGCCUCCCCAAAAUAAUACUCUCACCCAGGGGUUCCAACAGCCUAUUAAUUCUCCUAGCCGUAAUCCUAUGGUACAGCAGGGGAAUGUACCUCCAAACUUCAUGGUAAUGCAACAGCAAAACCAGGGUCCACAGGGUUUACAUCCCGGGCUAGGAGGAAUGCCCAAGCGUCUCCCACCUGGCUUUCCUGCAGGACAGGCAAAUCAGAACUUCAUGCAAAGUCAGGUGCCUUCUACAGCACCAGCGACACCUGCAAAUAGUGGAACACCCCAAUUGCAAACAAGUCAGAGUGUGCAGCACACAGGUGGCCAAGGAAAUGGUCAGAAUCAGAUGCAAGUUCAACAUGGCCCAUCAAAUAUGAUGCAGACCAACUUAAUGGGUCUUCAUGGAAAUAUGAGCAACCAGCAGACAGGUACCAGUGGAGUUCCACAAGUUAAUAUGGGCAACAUGCAGGGACAGCCUCCACAAGGACCACAAUCUCAGCUAAUGGGAAUGCACCAACAAAUAGUGUCCUCCCAAGGACAGAUGGUGAACAUUCAGCCUCAGGGAUCUCUAAAUCCUCAAAACCAGAUGAUACUUUCUCGAGCUCAGCUCAUGCCACAGGGCCAGAUGAUGGUAGCAUCUCAGAACCAAAAUCUUGGUCCAUCACAACAAAGGAUGACACCACCCAAGCAGAUGAUUCCCCAGCAAGGCCAACAGAUGAUGGCUGCACAUAAUCAGAUGAUGGGACCGCAAGGCCAGGUGUUGCUGCAGCAAAAUUCAAUGAUGGAGCAGAUGAUGACCAAUCAGAUGCAAGGAAAUAAGCAACCAUUCGGUGCUCAAAGCCAGUCCAAUGUUAUGACGGGGCCAGCUCAAAUAAUGAGAGGACCAACCCCCAAUAUGCAGGGAAACAUGGUGCAAUUCACAGGACAGAUGAUGGCCCAGCAAGGCCCUGUGAACAGCAAUCCUUCUCAGGUUAUGGGGAUUCAAGGACAAGUUUUGAGACCCACAGGAACUAACCCUCACAUGUCUCAGCAACUGGGUGAUACCACCACUACUACAAACAGUGAUGUGAACUUGACACAAAUGCUACCUGAUGUUUCUAUGCAACAAGGAAACAUGGUGCCUCCCCACUUGCAAGGGAUGCAGGGAAACAACAAUACACCAGGGAGCCAUUUUGCUGGGCAUGGGAUGCCUUUUAGUACUCCUUUUAGUGGAGCUCAAAAUGGGAAUCAGAUUUCCUGUGGACAAAACCCAGGUUUUCCUGUCAACAAGGAUGUCACAAUAACAAGCCCUUUGUUGGUAAACUUGCUGCAAAGUGAUAUAUCUGCAGGACAUUUUGGUGUGAACAGCAAACCGAACAAUCAAAAUGCCAAUAAACCCAAGAAGAAGAAACCUCCAAGGAAGAAGAAAAAUAAUCAGCAAGUAGAACAAAUUAAUGCUUCAGAACCACGCCCAGCAGGCCUUGAAGAGUCAGAUCAGCCACCAUUACCAGGAGAGCAAGGUAUAAAUUUGGAUAACACUGGACAUAAGCUUUCGGACUUCACAAACAGGCCACCAGGCUACCCAGCCCAGCCAAUGGAACAAAGAGCUCUUCAGCAAAUACCUCCUCAGCUUUUGCAGCAUGGACAGCAGCAGCAGCAGCAGCAGCAGCCACCCACACCUCAACAGACACAGUCCCAGCAGCAACAGAUGAUGAUGAUGCUCAUGAUGCAGCAGGACCCUAAAUCUGUCAGGCUUCCUGUUUCCCAAGGUGUCCAUCAACCUAGAGGCCCUCUGAAUGUAGACUCACAAAGAAUGCCAAUGCAGCAGGGGGGCAACAUGUCGGUGAUGGUUAAUCUUCAAGGUCCUGGUUCAGUGCCUCCAUCUCCUGACAAGCAAAGGAUCCCAAUGCCAAACAAUCAGCCUCUUGUGAACAGUGCACGAAAGAUGGUUUACCCAGAUAAUGCACAGAAUCCAACCAGCUCUCCACUGGGAGAAGUUUCAUCAGUGCCCUCUGUUUCAGAUGGAAAUGGGGCUGAAGUCCCUUUAGCAUCUGGGCCUCAAAACAAUAUAGCACCCCAUUUAGUAGUUUCACAAAACCAGUUAAUGAUGGCAGGGCCAAAACCUGGACCUUCUCCAAUGUCAGCUCCCCAAGGUACAAGCCCUCAGCAGCAGUCUAAUUCUCUUACUGGCCCUCACCCGCAUCAUUUUCAGAAUGUUCCUACCACAUCACAAACAUCGAGACCCAAAACUCCAAACAGGGCAAGUCCAAGACCAUACUAUCCACAGACUCCCAAUAACCGUCCACCAAGCACAGAGCCAUCAGAAAUAAGUUUAUCUCCCGAGAGGCUCAAUGCUUCUAUUGCAGGCCUCUUUCCUCCUCAGAUUAAUAUUCCUUUGCCUCCCAGGCCCCACCUUAAUAGAGGAUUUGAUCAGCAGGGUCUUAAUCCAACCACUUUGAAGGCUAUUGGGCAAGCACCCUCAAAUCUUGCAAUGAAUAGCCAAUCGAGUUUUGUUUCACCACAAGCACAUAAGUUGGACUCCAUGGCUAUUAAUUCAGGAAAGCAAACCAAUACUUGUGGAGCAAAGCGAGCCAGUCCAAGUAACAGCAGAAGGUCCAGCCCUGGAUCCAGUAGGAAAACAACACCGAGCCCUGGGAGGCAGAACUCAAAAGCAACCAAGUUAGGUUUGACAUCUCAGCAGAAUCCAGGGCUCAUGCAAAACAUAGACUUACAAAGAAGUAUGAUGGUUGGUCCAGCCGCUUUGCAAAUGCCUACGCCUGGAAGUUUUCACAAUAAUGGUAUGAUAGCUGCCCAGAAUCCUGCAAUCCCUGUAUCAGUCAUGACUGGUAUUCCUGAGGAUAAUAAAGACAGCUUUAGUGCCCCUCAAGAGAUUGUGUGCCAGAAUAUGCAAGCUGGCCCAGUGAACAAAGAUCAGCGCAACGUUGAGCUGAAAGGUGUUCCCAGCCAAGAAAUUAAAAUACUGGUCCAUGAAGAGCAACAGAAGAGGGAGGCCCCUCCUGUAGAAUCCAACAAGCUUCCCAGUCCAGAAGAAAAUAAGAAUAUUAUCUCUCCAGCUAUGCGGGAGGCACCAACCUCCUUAAGUCAACUUCUUGACAAUUCUGGGGCUCCUAAUGUUACAAUUAAGCCUCCUGGUCUCCCUAGCCUUGAAGUGCCUCCACCAGUGACUUAUGCAGAUGAAUUCAAAAAGAUUUCUGCCAUUCCUCCUCCCCAACAGGAUCCUCCUUCUAGUAAAGACUCCGUUUGUUCCCUAAGUUUACCUGCUAAUACUGAAGCCUGUUCAACUCAAGUGCAACAAGAUCUGGGUGACAUAAAUUCAAGUGUUUCCCAGAAUAUUUCUCCAGUAAUACAGAGGCCUGUUAGCUCUGCUUCUAUUUCUACAUCACUCCCACCCAAUCAGAUAACAGUAUUUGUAACUUCCAACCCUAUUACGUCAUCAUCUAACACACCUGCAUCAUUGCCCUCUCAUCUACAGUCUACAUUAAUGCCUGCUGUUGUCACCAUGCCUAGUGUUGGCAAUAAAGUUAUUGCUUCUGAAGGACAAACAACAGUUCAGUCCAAUGCUCGGCCUCAGUUCAUUACGCCAGUUUUUAUAAAUUCAUCCUCAAUAAUUCAGGUUAUGAAAGGAUCCCAGCCGAGUACAAUUCCUGCAACCCCAAUGACUUCUAAUUCUAAUUUAAUACCACAGUCUGUUGCAGUUGUUGGCCCUUUGCAUUUGUCCCAGAAUAUAAAAUUCUCAUCAGGGCCUGCUCCUCCUUGCUCGUCUUCUAAUACUCCUAUCUCAAGUAUACCAACAAGUCGGCCAGUGGUUAUUAAUUCAUUGCCAUCUCCUAUUCAGCUUCCUUCUCCCUCAUUAAUGGCUCCUUCAAGCACUUCUCCGCAUCAUUCCAUUCAGCAAGUCAAAGAUUUCAACCCAGAGGAGUUAAGUUCUCAGAUGUUAACAUCUGACUCAAAUGCUGAAGCAACCUCGCAGCCUGGAGCUGUGGUCUCCCCAUCUGGUGAUCAGAGCCCUGGAUCUUCCGUCAACAGACGAAGUCCAGUUUCAUCUACAAAGGGAAAAGGGAAGGUGGACAGAAUUGGUCAGUUUUUGCUGACAAAAGCAUGCAAGAAAGUAACAGACUCUGUUGACAAAGGGGAUGAUCAAAACGGUGUGGAAGGAGAAGUGGAAGCUCAAGGGCAAGACAUUUCAAUCAUCAACAGUCUGGAAAUGGAACAGUUACCAGUAGAAUUAGAAGACAAUAUGGUGGCCUCUCCGGGUCCCACUCUUUUGAAACAAAGCACUUCCGGAAGUGGCCAGUUAAGUUCUAGUACUACUGCUGCUGUUUCUGCCUCUGUAUCUUUAAGCUUACCAGGUACCACUCCUCCCACUAACGUUCUUUCAGUUGUAACCACUCCAGUGAUCUCUGACAUCCUAACCACAAUUCCAAGCACUAAUGGUAACACCUGCAGUUUACCUGUGGAGCAGGUUGGGAUUGGACCAGAAGAUGAGAAAACAGAAGACCAUCAUGAAUCGCCACAGAAUAAGGCCUUUUUAUCCCAGACUCCAAUUGCAGCACCAGAAAGUACUGUUCAAAGAACAGAACUGGAAGCAAAUUCUGCAAUUAUUUCUGGCCUGGUUACAAAUGAGCCGAAGGAGAGCUGCGAAAAGGCUAAAACUCCGAGCAGAAGAAAUUCAAGAACGGAGGAAUCUCCAGCAGUGCAGGAGACUGUGGAGAAUGGGCAGCGCAAGAGGUCCUCCAGACCAGCAUCGGCAUCCAGCACUGCAAAAGAAACAAAUGCAAGUGUUAUGCAGUCAAAAAGAAGAAAAUCCAAAUGAAGUACUGAGUGGAUAUGCAAGGCUUGUAAAUGUGUGAAUUUUUUUACUAAUAGCAGUUCUGAGCUGUGAUUUCUCACUAUAUAUAUAAACAAAAAAAAAAACUCUAAAAUUCUGUACAGUAAUUAAUUUUACUAUGAUCCUGUUCCCAGUAAAUGCAAUUUUUUUUCCUGAAGACUAAAUGAUGAGUUGGGGGAAUCAGGUUAUUUGUUAAAUUCUCUGGUUUUAUAAAGUCUAUACAUAGCACACUAGAUUUAGCGUGUUGUAAAGAAUCUGAGGAGAUAAUUGUAAAUUUAUAUCCAUGUUUUCACUUUUCAUAGGAGAAACUAGAGUACAGGGUUGUCAUUUUUUUUUAGAUAUUAAAAUGAUGUAUUGUGCUGUUGGUCAAGUACUGUAUGUGAAUAGCAGUUAAAAGGGUUAUAUAUGGCCCAAUCUUGGAAAUGUAAAUAGUUUUAUUAUAUAGUAGGCUUGAUGUAUUUGUUGUAGAAAAGGACCAGUGGAAAAAAAUGAGAGUUUGUGAAAUGUGGAUUACCUAGUGCUCUAAAUAAAUGUCAUCGAUCUAUAA